CAAGAAACUAUAGCCUCUACUUUAUACAUAUUUUUGCAUGGCCUAGCCAUUUUUUUCUACCAAAAAUAAUUAUUUUAAAAAAAAAACACAAUGGGAGUGGAAAUGGAAGUGAAUAAUGGAGAAAAUAAUACAACAAAUUGGGUACCAAUUAUGAAGAAAUUACAUAUAUUGAAUGUUCUUGAAAAGGUGAAAAAAUUUCCAAAAUUAAUAUGUAAAACAAUUUGGAGAAUUGGAAAAGAAGAUCCAAGAAGGGUAAUUCAUUCAAUAAAAGUUGGACUUUCAUUGACAUUGGUUUCAUUGUUGUAUUUGAUGGAGCCAUUGUUCAAAGGAUUUGGAACUAAUGCUAUUUGGGCUGUCAUGACUGUGGUGGUUGUUCUCGAAUUCACUGCUGGGGCAACAUUGUGCAAAGGACUAAAUAGAGGAUUGGGGACACUAUUAGCAGGAUCAUUGGCAUUCUUGAUUGAAUAUGUUGCCACAAAAACUGGCCAUAUAUUUAGAGCUAUAUUUAUUGGAGCAGCACUUUUUUUUAUUGGUGCUACAGCAACGUACAUGAGAUUUUUCCCUCACAUAAAGAAAAACUACGAUUACGGCGUGGUGAUAUUCCUUUUGACGUUCAACUUGAUCACUGUAUCAAGUUAUCGUGUUGAUAACGUGUUGAAAAUCGCGCAUGAGAGAUUUUAUACCAUAGCUAUUGGUUGUGGUAUAUGUCUUCUCAUGAGCCUAUUAAUAUUUCCAAAUUGGUCAGGAGAAGAUCUUCAUAAUUUUACUGCUGCUAAAUUUGAAGGUUUAGCAAAAUCAAUUGAAGCUUGUGUUAAUGAGUACUUUAGUGAUGAAGAACAACAAAAAUCCAAAGAAAAUUCUUCAGAUUUGGAGGAUCCUAUUUACAAUGGUUACAAGACUGUUUUGGAUUCAAAAUCAUUUGAUGAGACCUUGGCAUUAUAUGCAAGUUGGGAACCAAGACAUUCAAGACAUUGUUACAAAUUUCCAUGGCAACAAUAUGUUAAAUUGGGAAAUGUUCUUAGACAUUUUGGAUACACAAUUGUAGCUCUUCAUGGUUGUCUUCAAACUGAAAUUCAGACACCUCGAUCGGUUCGAGCAAUGUUCAAAGAUCCAUGCAUAAGACUAGCUAUGGAAGUCACAAAAGCCCUAAAAGAAUUAGGUGAUAGCGUAAGAUAUAGAAGACAUUGUUCACCAGAAAUUCUAUCUGAUCAUCUUCAUGAAGCCUUACAAGACCUAAACAAUGCAAUAAAAUCCCAACCAAAACUCUUCAUUGGUUCCAAAAACAACACCAACACCAACAAGCUAACCCUAGCGACGACUGUCGUCUCAAAAGGACAGUCUGGUGCACUAAACUCUCGUAGGGUUUCCUUAUCUAGUGUGAAGACGGAUACGUCUGCAUUGCUAGAGUGGAAAUCCAAAUUAAGGGGUAUUACUACACAUGAAAAUACAAAAGAAAAUAAGUCAUUGAGGCCAACAUUGAGUAAGAUUGCUAUAACAAGUCUUGAAUUCUCAGAGGCAUUGCCAUUUGCUGCAUUUGCUUCUUUGUUAGUGGAAAUUGUGGCAAGACUUGAUCUUGUUAUUGAAGAAGUUGAAGAAUUGGGAAGAAUUGCACAUUUCAAAGAGUAUAAUUAUCAAGAUGAUGAUGAUCAUGUUCUUGUGAAAAUUGAUGAAAAACAUUCAAGGCCAUUACAAAAUGAUCAAUUGCCAUCUCAUAAUGCAGGAGAUUAAUUGACAUAAUUAGAAAAAAAUUAUAAAGUUUUAUGGUUGAUGAGGUUGAUCUAUUGAUUAGUGAAAUGUACUAAUUAAGGGUAUUGUGUAAUUGAUGAAUACUUUCUCUUAUAUUGGAUGAAAUGGUAUUUUUAGGUG